CUUGGAGGCCCGGGGUCCUCGGCGGCCAUCUUGAUCCCGCUUGGCGGAUGAAUGAAUAGUCAGCACAGGCUCCCAUAGGCAGGGUCUGGGCAGUAUCUUCAAUCCGUCUCCAUCCUUCACCUCCCGGCCAUGGAGCGCUCUGUCACCCGCUUCAUCUUCGUCCUCACAGCCCUGGCCGCCAUCUGCCGGGCUCAGGAACUCAUUAACGAGGAUGUGAAACGCACAGUGGACCUGGGCAGCCAUCUCGCCAAAGUGACGGCCGAGGUGACUCUGUCCAACCCGGGACCGGGAGCGGCUCACUCCUUCCUGGUGGCCCUGGAGCCCGAGCUGGACCACCACCUGGCUUUCUUUGGGGUCAGUAUAGCCUGGCUUAGCUAGGCCGCACUGUGAGCUAUGGGUGGGGCAGCAGCUCUCUCUGUAUAGUGUAUACAGUAUAUAAUAAUAUAUAGCAUCUCUCUGUAUAGUGUAUACAGUAUAUAAUAAUAUAUAGCAUCUCUCUGUAAAGUGUAUACAGUAUAUAAUAAUAUAUAGCAUCUCUCUGUAUAGUGUAUACAGUAUAUAAUAUAUAGCAUCUCUCUGUAUAGUGUAUACAGUAUAUAAUAAUAUAUAGCAUCUCUCUGUAUAGUGUAUAUAAUAUAUAGCAUCUCUCUGUAUAGUGUAUACAGUAUAUCAUAUAAUGCAUCUCUCUGUAUAGUGUAUAUAAUAUAUUGCAUCUCUCUGUAUAGUGUAUAUAAUAUAUAGCAUCUCUCUGUAUAGUGUAUACAGUAUAUCAUAUAAUGCAUCUCUCUGUAUAGUGUAUAUCAUAUAUUGCUGCACCUCUCUCUGGGUACUAUAAAUUAAAAUAUUCUUACCAAUCAAUGCCUUGCUUUAGCUAUAUGUAUCAAUUUAUAUAUGCAUACUAUACAGGCUUAAUAUGGAGAACAUCUGCUGGAAGAAUAACCCAAAUAUAAUUUAUGCAAUUUAAUAUUACAUGUUUAUUGUACAGUAUAGAUCAUGAUAUCUUUGUGCUUAGUUUUGAUGGGGUUGUGCAAAGUCUAAAACAUAGGUUUUUGCAUUUGUUAUUAGAAAUUCUAUGACAGGUCUUCUUGCAGAAGAAUUCAGUGAAAUGUUCAAUGAAAAGGUCUUGGCAGGUGAAGGGGAUAUACAGUCAUUGCAGGACCAAUGGAUAAUCUGUAAUAGGUUUUUAGUUGGGGGUUCUUUGAGACUUUUUCCUGGUGAAACUUUUCAUUGUAUAAUAUUGGAUUUUGAGUGUGGAUGCAUUGAGUGUGACAGGACUGCCUCUUUCUUCCGCAUCAGACUCUGCUGCUCUGUAGAUUUGACACGUAAGCACAAGCAGUUCAUUCACUUCCAGGAUCAGAGAAAUUAAUCUGUUCUGCACUCAACUCGAACUCCUGUGACAGGGAGUUUCUGACUUCACAAAAAGCAUUAUUAGAUACUAAAUAUGCAUUUAUAUCCAGGCAUGUGUUCUGCUACAGACAAUAAACAGAACAUUUCUCAAAGUAAAAAUGUAUUUAUAGCCCUUUUCAGUUUUGUAAAUACCUGAUUUUAGAAAUGUGUAGUUCUUAUUGUGUUGGUUUGGGAGAGCCAACUGUAGCAUGCAUUAUGACUGAAUAAGAACUCUUUUUAAAUUACAGGAUUGAAUUAAGCAACAUCUAUAAUUGGAAAGAAGGUAGCUAAAACAAAAAGUGGCAUUUGAAGGAGAAUCGUUUCAGUUUUUUUUUCUUUUGGCAGUUACCAUAUUUUAACCCCUUCACUACCAGUAUGAAAAAAACCCCAUAAAAAAAACACCUCCAGAAUUCAAGUAUUUUGGGUAUCCUGGGAAGCAAUGUUUAAUUGUAUUUUUCAUUUCAGUAUGUAUAGAUAGCACAUUAUUUUUUGAAAAUGAAUAUUUUUUAGUGGCACUGAAAAGCUUUUAAAGAAUCAUUUACCAAAUAAUGAAGUUACAGGCAGGGGAAUAAUAUUUAUGAAUAUGCAUAUUGUAGAAUUAUAAUAUAUUACCAAUGAGCCAUGUUGCUUCUUUGGGGGAGACCUACACACUGAUACAUGCACACAUACACCACGUUCAUUUGCACAGACACACUCACUGAUACAACUGCCAGAAAGACACACAAUGUCAGAGAUAUAUCAGUCUUCAUACAACACUUGGAUAUUGAAGCCGAGCUUAUAUUGCACCUGGCCAUUUGACUCAUUUACAGCCUGAGUGCAAGGAUCUACAGGCUGAAACAUUGAUCUUUUAACGGUGUUGGAAUAAAAUUAUUAAAAAAAAAAAAAAAAAAAACAGAGUGCAGCCGUCUUCAUACACCACACACCCACCCCUUAUGCUAUAUGUAGCCUGACAUAGUAAUGGAGCAGGGACAUUGUGCUACCUGUCUGGUAGCCACCCUUAAUUUUUACUUUCUUCUAUUGGAGAGUGGCUUGGUUUUCUCCCAGAAUGAGCAGAUGAGAUAUGCCAUCCUAAAAUUUAAAUUGCAUUUAUGCAAAUUGUGCAUGCACCAUUGCGAGGUAUGAAUACAUACUCUGGUUAUUGUGAAUACACAGGUGCCGAGGUGAACUACGUUGUUAAUUUCCACUAAUUGUACCGAAAUUAUAAUAUGUUUAGACCUAACUAUUUAAAAUAAAGUGCACCAAGUUUAUACAUUUCCUUCUUGUAGAAGUGGUGGGACUGUCUGGCCAAACAAGCUUACAUCCUAGCAGUUAUAUUGGAUAAUUCUUGUGAAGGGAAUACUUGCACAUAUUUCUGUGAACAGUUUUAAUGGAUAGUGCUAUUGUUAACGUUCAAUAUGGACUUUUCACUGUUCCAUGGAACGUGUGUGUAUAGUUGUUUCCAGUUGUUUGGUAACUCUGCUCUUUGCUUUGCUAGAUGUUGAGUGACUACUCAUCAUGGAAAUUGUAGCUGUUUACUUCUAUAAUGUAAUGAUAGCAUUUUAAACUCAUUUUUCAGACUGACCCCAAUCAUUUAAAAAAAAAAAUUUAAAAAAUAAAACAGAAAACAUUUCAAAAGGCAGAUCAUGGUACUUUUUAAAAGUGCCAUAAUUCUCUCAUUUGGUUCUGACAUCCACUGAAUCCUAUAACUAACCAUUUUUUCCAAUAAUUAGUUUGGGAAUUUACUGAAUAUGCUCCAGCACUCAAUUUUCUUUUUAUAGAAGUGAAAGCAGUUGACAGCAAAUUAUAUUCUCUUCAAUGAUAUCCAUAACUUGGGUGGUGUCAUAUUACUUGUUCUCCUAUGCAGAUUUGUGUAACAUUUUGCUUAUGGGCAGCUACAUUUUAGAGUUUGUGUUUAUAUUAUCACUUCCCUUCCUUUCCAACCAGCUAAAAAAAAAAAAAAAAAUUGGUCAGCCUAAGCUUGCACUCCGUGCGGAUUGGCUGUUAAUUCUGUGACCAUUUAUUUAAAAUUAUUAUUUUUGUGCUAUCUCUUUGUCCUUAUAACAAAAGUAUUACACUUGAGUACGAUUACCAUGUAAAUAUCAUUUUAGUAAUUGGUAAAUAAACCAUUGAUGACUUCUAACAACUGUUAAUGGAUGUGUUAACGAGCUGCUGCUGUUGCUACUACCACUGCUGCACUGAUUCUUACAGAUUUAACAAAAUGUAAAUGAGAGUUUAUUAGCUUUUAGAUGUAGUCUGAGCAUCAUAACCACUACAACUUGGUGCUUGGAGUCCCCUUAUAGUCCUUCUGGUAAUCAAUGGUUAUUAAAACAAGUUUUAUGUCAGUGGUUCUUAAGUCUGUUUGCUGGGUACCCAAAUUUAUAUAUGCAAAAUGACAUUAGCAUGGUGAUCCAUUAAAAAUAUUUAAAUACAUGUUGGGGAACAGCACUGAGGGACUCGGGCACCAUAACAACUACAGCACUCUUGUGAAUAUGGUACUUGGACUUAAUCUUUACAUUUCUCUAUCUGGCACUAUUUAUCUAUUUUUUUAUUUAUUAUUUAUUUAUUUAAUUUUUUUUAGCAACAUCCAUAAUACACAUGAAUGUUUUAGACUGUUCUGCAUGUUGUCUUAAUGGGAACAAUGAUGUUACCCUGGGUAUUAUCACUGGCCAGUGGAACUUUGUGCCAGCUAUAAAGAUUCAAAUUCCAAAAAAUAAAAUACUUUCUUGUGUAAUUGUUAUUUUGCUUCUUUUCCUUUUUAGGUUAAGGGUGAUGAAGAAGAGGAGGGCUAUUUGGAAAUAAAAGAAACCAAAAGUAAAGGGAAAAGGUACAUUUGUAUUUGUUUGACUGAGAUGUACAGUUUGUGUAAAGCCUAGCAGGCCCUGAAGAAUUAAAGGACCACUCUAGGCACCCAGACCACUUCAGCUUAAUGAAGUGGUCUGGGUGCCAGGUCCAGCCAGGGUUAACCCAUUUUUUUAAUAAACAUAGCAGUUUCAGAGAAACUGCUAUGUUUAUGAAUGGGUUAAGCCUUCCCCCUAUUCCCUCUAGUGGCUGUCUCAUUGACAGCCGCUAGAGGCGCUUGCGUGCUUCUCACUGUGAUUUUUCACAGUGAGAGCACGCCAGCGUCCAUAGGAAAGCAUUGUAAAUGCUUUCCUAUGCGACCGGCUGAAUGCACGCGCAGCUCUUGCCGCGCGUGCGCAUUCAGCCGACGGGGCGGAUCGGAGGAGGAGAGCUCUCCGCCCAGCGCUGGAAAAAGGUAAGUUUUAACCCCUUUCCUCCUUCCAGAGCCAGGCGGGUGGGGGCACCCUCGGGGCACUAUAGUGCCAGGAAAACGAGUAUGUUUUCCUGGGACUAUAGUGGUCCUUUAAAGGAAUUCACACAUUAGGUCUGUCGUGUGUUGUUGUGGGUUUUUUUUAAUUUUUUUUUUUUUUUUAUUCUUUUUAUUUUUAUUUUUGCUCAACAUACAUAGCAAGCAAGCAUCAACGGUUGGGCUUACACAGAAGCCAAAUUAUGGGUAAUUUCUUAACAAUUACAUGCAGUUCAAUCAUUACAGUAUGUGCCCAUGUUUAACGGAACCAUGAGGGCUUGCUCUCCAUGAAGGAUUUUAAUAUACAUAAUGUAAUUCCUCAAUACAUUAUAUUGGUUUGACAGGAAUACUUAGGUGUGCAUAAGAAGUGUCACUGACGCAGAGGCAAACUUUGGCCUAACGAUCAGCUGUAUAACAUGUUUCAUAUGUCAUGUGAAUCUUGUGACGUUUUUGAAUAUCUGUAAUGUCAGUAUCCAAUCGAAAGUUUGAUAUUUUCAGGUCUUUAGAUAUAGUUAUGGGAGUAAUAAUCUAAGGUCUGUAUUGUAUUUCUAGGUCUCCCAUUUCUUUCGUUACAUUGACCAUGCCUGAGGAGGUUGGUAUGCUGAGUAUUUGUUAAAGGACCACUCUAGGCACCCAGACCACUUCAGCUUAAUGAAGUGGUCUGGGUGCCAGGUCCUUCUAGGGUUAACCCAUUUUUUCAUAAUUAUAGCAGUUUCAGAGAAACUGCUAUAAUUAUGAAUGUAUCAAAUGCAAAAGAAUAAUAAGCGCUCUCUUCUCAGGGGUGAGCAGCAGUUCACCAACAAGGUGUUCCUCUACCUUGUGAUAAAUAGACAGAUAAAAUAGAAAGGUGAACAGCGCUAAAAAUCAGAAAAUGUACAUACGUUUUGUAGAAAUACUGGCCAGCAGAGUAACUUAAAAAGAGAGAGAAACAAAAAUACAAAUAAUGGUACAGUAUGUAUGAACGAUAUAAUUCCACAAGAACAAAGGUGUUAUAUUCACACUCACACUUUGAGGAGCUAUAUCAGCUCGGUGUUAAGAGCCUGGACGGAAUAAUCCCCGUCUAUGGAUUUCUUGAGGUUCAAGACCGUUGGUGAAUUUAUAGGUGUAAAUAUUCGUUACAUGAAAAACAAGAGUAAAAUACACCACAUGGUAUAGUACGUAAAUAUAAAAUAUUGUGAAAAAAAAAGUGGAUGAUCCUACUUACAUAUACUAGAGCAACGACCUGCUCUAGUUUGGAGAAUUUCAGGUGGAAUAAUCCCCACCUUGGGAUAUAGUGGACCCAGGUAUAGCAGCAAAGCAGUAUUGGAUAGGAAGGAGGACAAAAGGAAUGACUGGAUAGUUUAAAAAAUAUAUAUACUUUAAUACAAUAAGUAAAAAGUGAAUAAUAAACUAUAAAACCAGUCCUGUUUAAAAGUCCAAAAUUCUUCCUCACUUGACGCGUUUCGCCGAAGCUUUCUCAAAAGUGAAUGCUUGCUGCUUGGGGUCCUUGAGAUUAUAUACCUUCUCUGAUGAUGAAAAUCGAUUCUGCUGUGCAUAUUUCCUCAUUUCCUGUUUUCAGCAAGAUAGCAUAGACAGGAAGUUCUCCGGACACCAUCUUGGAUGUGGGCAAUUUGUGGGAAAGUUCAAAAAUAGGAAUCAAAGGUAUACAAUAACAUAAUAACAUAUUGAAUCAGAUAAAAACGUGAAUAAUUACAGAUGUGGCCACACAUAGAGUAUAUGAUAGUAGAAAUCAAUUCUACUAUGUGUAUUUCCUCAUUUCCUGUUUUCAGCAAGAUGGCAUAGACAGGAAGUUCUCCGGACGCCAUCUUGGAUAUGGGCAAUUUGUGGAAAGUUCAAAAAUAGGAAUCAAAAGUAUACAAUAACAUAAUAACAUAUUGAAUCAGCUAAUAACUUGAAUAAUUACAGAAAUGGAUACACAUAGAGCAUAUAAGUGACAUAAAAGAUAUAAUAAUUAAUUACUUGAUAGUGUCAUAAACGAAACUGUUCCGGCCGCCAUUUUAAAUAUGGGCUAGUGAUAGAAAUUGAGCUCAAAGAAUGCCAUAUCGAAAAAGAACAUACUUUAAAUGGAAAGGGGACAUGUAUAUACAGCUAGGGGAAAUAUAAAUAGUAUAAAAACACAGUAGUAUCUGCAUAAAAGGGUGUAAAAGAAAUUAUAAACACCCAUUAAAAAUGGGUUAUAGAACGAGUGAUAAAAAAUACAUUUUACAAAAUGAGUUAUAAAAAAUGAACCAAAUCGAAUUCUAUAUUAAGUCCAUUUGGGUGGAGGGUAUCUAAACGAUAGACCCACUCCAUUUCUAACUUGCCUAUGUUUCUGGUGGUGUCGCCCCCUCUCCAAUGUGGUUUAUAUUUAGCAAUACCCAAAAAUUUUAAUAGGCUGGGGUCUUUGUUGUGCUGUAAAAAGUGCGCAGAUACAGAGUGAUUUUUGUAGCCUUUUUCAAUAUUACGGCAGUGUUCACUAAUUCUUACUUUCAAUGGCCUUAUUGUUCUGCCGACGUAUUGUAGUCCACAUGGACACUCUAACAUGUAGAUUACGUUAUUACUAUUACACGUUAAAAUUUCAUUAAUAUUAAAGAGCUUUUUGUUUCUGUUAGACUUAAACUCUGAUGUGCAUUUUUCCAUUUUGUGUGUUUUUCUACAUGAUAUGCACGUAUUACAUCUAAAAAAACCUUUAUUGAUAGUUAAAAAAUUGUUUUUUUGUAUGUUUUGAUUUCUAGUGAAAUUAUUUGUAAGUUGUAAUUUUAGAUUAGGUGCACCUCUAUAUAUUAUAGUGGGUUUAUCUGGUAGGGCUUCACUUAGUAUUGGAUCCUCUUUAAGUAAAUGCCAAUUUUUGUUAAUAAUCUUUUUGAUAUGUUUGCUUUUAUUAUUAUAGUCGAAUAUCGAAGGAAGGGUGAAUCUGUUGGUUUGAGGGUCCUUAGGUGGUUUUUGGAGCAAUAGUGAUUCUCUCUGUGUCUCAUCUAUUGAUAUUAUAGUUUUGUCUAUUGUUUUGGGGUUGUAGCCUUUUUGUAUGAACUUUUGUUUCAUGUUAGUUGCUUGAGUGUGAAAUACUGAUGCUUCUGAGCAGUUUCUAAUGAAAUCCCUUAUUCAAGUAAAAAAUGAGAAACUAACCACCCUAGAUAAAAAAAUAAAUUCACUAAAAGAACAACUCACCCCCUUCAGUGACACACAGGAGUUUUUCGAUAUAUCACUGAAGAUUAAGAAAAACGUUGAAAGAAUAGAAAGUGACAUAAAAAAAUUCAAGAUAAGUAAAUAUAAUAGAGAUGUAUAUGAUUACACACACAAUCAAGUUAGGACCUAUAACACAAAGAAACGUUACAACAAUGGAAAUAAUACACACAUAAGAAAUCAUCACCAGCACGACAUGCACAAACCCACAUAUUCGCCUGUUAAAAGUAAUUUUCACAGACAGAGACUCCGAUCAUACCACGAACCUAUGCACUUUAAUCAUUACAAAGCUAAAAAGCACUCCCCUAUACACCAAUACACAAGAUCCCCCAGAACCUUUGACACAUAUGCUAAUAAAGCAAGAGUUGACAAUAUACCAAAACAAGGCAAAUUUCAAAAAGAAAAAAUCUACACAAAAACCAUAACCAACAAAACUGAAAGUAAACGAUACAGAUCAAAAUCAAGGGAAAAAUCACCCCAAAUAGUAAGACCAAAAACUCAUAGAUAUGCUUACAGACCAACAUCCCCAAAGAGAAAAACUGACAAAGAGAACUACAGAUGGGAAAAAGUCAAUACUAAAACAUAUAAAAAAACCGAGAGAAGCCGCUCUAGAUCGCCCACUGACGUAUUAAGAAAUAAUAGGUACCAUACUUUAUCUUUUUCCGAACACCUAGACGAGACGUCUUUUUUAGAGAUCCCCAUAAAUCAAGAAUUACGUACGAACCAUCUUCCCUUCACUCCCAUCAUAGGCCAGAAAAGAUCCCUAGAGGAAGAAGAGCAGGAAGAAAACAUGACCGCAAUAAAAAAAGUCAGAUCAGACCGAUUUUAAAUACAGAUGAAAAAACAAGCGAUCAUGGCAUCUUCAACUUGUCUAAUAAAGUACUAACCAGCAUACAAAUAAAUGUUUUAAAAAAGGGACUUAAAUACGCACCAACUAAAACUUUUAAUAGUUUUCAGGCUUUUAUUGAUGUAAAUAAAUUUAUAAGAAAUGCGACUUUGAAAAGAUUUUAUGCAUCUAAAAACUUAGAAGAAAAUAAAAUUAUAACUGAAAUUGAUUCAAAUACAAAUGUUUAUAAAAAUAGCCUUUUAAAAAAAAGAUCAACUUUUUAUCCAUCCUAUUACAAAUCUGGGGCAUUGGAAAUUUUUGAAAAGAAGGUAAAUAGAGAACUUGGUAAACUAGAAAUUAACCAUAAAUAUGAUAAAUUCAAUUUAAAUAAAAAAGAAAGGGAAGCCAUCAAACUUUUAAAAGAAGAUGAAUCCAUUGUAAUAAAACCGGCUGACAAGGGGGGUGGACUAGUUAUUCUAUCAAAGGAGAUGUAUGAGACUGAAGCCUAUAAACAACUUAAUGACCCACAAACGUACACUAAAUUAAAAAAAGAUCCCACAAGUGAUAUUAGGAUUUUACUAACAAAUUUUCUAAGAGAGGGUAAAGAGAAGGGGAUUUUGACCUUAAAAGAAUUUGAUUAUAUUAAUACACUAUACCCUAAGAUCCCUGUAAUAUAUUUUCUACCUAAGAUCCACAAAGACCCCACCAACCCACCCGGAAGGCCUAUCGUCUCCGGCAUAGAUUCAAUUCUGGCAAAUCUUUCAGAAUAUAUUGAUAUUAUGCUCCAGCCAUAUGUGAAAUUAAGCAAAUCCUAUUUAAAAGACACCAUAGAUCUCCUUAACACACUAAAUAAUAUCACCUGGAAAGAAAAUUACAUCCUCAUUACUAGUGAUGUAAAAUCACUAUAUACAAUCAUCCCACAUGAAAAAAGGAUCUCAGCGGUUAAAUCAAUUUUAGAAAAAUAUAAAGAUAUGGAUUCUGCUCAAAUUGAAUUUAUUUUAAAGGGAAUUGAUCUUAUUUUACACCACAACUAUUUUUGGUUCGCAGAUGCUUUUUACCUUCAGAUAACAGGGACAGCCAUGGGGACCAGGUUUGCGCCCAGCUAUGCCAACCUAUUCAUGACGGAAUGGGAAAACAGAUGGAUAUGGGAGGGGCAUAGCUGGUGCGCGAACCUGGUCUCAUAUCAUCGCUAUAUCGAUGAUCUCCUCUUUAUAUGGGAAGGACCCAUGUCUUCAGCGGAAUCCUUCAUUAAUUACUUAAACCAGAAUAAUGAAGGUAUAAUUUUAACUUCCGUUUUUAGUAAUCAUACAGUAACCUUUUUAGAUUUAGAACUCUAUGUUAAAGAGAACACACUUUGCACUAAAACACAUUUUAAGGAAGUACAUACUAAUACCUUUAUCAGCUAUGAUAGCUGCCACAACCCCAUAUGGCUCAAUGGAAUACCCAAAAGCCAAUUCCUCAGACUGAAAAGAAACUGCUCAGAAGCAUCAGUAUUUCACACUCAAGCAACUAACAUGAAACAAAAGUUCAUACAAAAAGGCUACAACCCCAAAACAAUAGACAAAACUAUAAUAUCAAUAGAUGAGACACAGAGAGAAUCACUAUUGCUCCAAAAACCACCUAAGGACCCUCAAACCAACAGAUUCACCCUUCCUUUGAUAUUCGACUAUAAUAAUAAAAGCAAACAUAUCAAAAAGAUUAUUAACAAAAAUUGGCAUUUACUUAAAGAGGAUCCAAUACUAAGUGAAGCCCUACCAGAUAAACCCACUAUAAUAUAUAGAGGUGCACCUAAUCUAAAAUUACAACUUACAAAUAAUUUCACUAGAAAUCAAAACAUACAAAAAAACAAUUUUUUAACUAUCAAUAAAGGUUUUUUUAGAUGUAAUACGUGCAUAUCAUGUAGAAAAACACACAAAAUGGAAAAAUGCACAUCAGAGUUUAAGUCUAACAGAAACAAAAAGCUCUUUAAUAUUAAUGAAAUUUUAACGUGUAAUAGUAAUAACGUAAUCUACAUGUUAGAGUGUCCAUGUGGACUACAAUACGUCGGCAGAACAAUAAGGCCAUUGAAAGUAAGAAUUAGUGAACACUGCCGUAAUAUUGAAAAAGGCUACAAAAAUCACUCUGUAUCUGCGCACUUUUUACAGCACAACAAAGACCCCAGCCUAUUAAAAUUUUUGGGUAUUGCUAAAUAUAAACCACAUUGGAGAGGGGGCGACACCACCAGAAACAUAGGCAAGUUAGAAAUGGAGUGGGUCUAUCGUUUAGAUACCCUCCACCCAAAUGGACUUAAUAUAGAAUUCGAUUUGGUUCAUUUUUUAUAACUCAUUUUGUAAAAUGUAUUUUUUAUCACUCGUUCUAUAACCCAUUUUUAAUGGGUGUUUAUAAUUUCUUUUACACCCUUUUAUGCAGAUACUACUGUGUUUUUAUACUAUUUAUAUUUCCCCUAGCUGUAUAUACAUGUCCCCUUUCCAUUUAAAGUAUGUUCUUUUUCGAUAUGGCAUUCUUUGAGCUCAAUUUCUAUCACUAGCCCAUAUUUAAAAUGGCGGCCGGAACAGUUUAGUUUAUGACACUAUCAAGUAAUUAAUUAUUAUAUCUUUUAUGUCACUUAUAUGCUCUAUGUGUAUCCAUUUCUGUAAUUAUUCAAGUUAUUAGCUGAUUCAAUAUGUUAUUAUGUUAUUGUAUACUUUUGAUUCCUAUUUUUGAACUUUCCACAAAUUGCCCAUAUCCAAGAUGGCGUCCGGAGAACUUCCUGUCUAUGCCAUCUUGCUGAAAACAGGAAAUGAGGAAAUACACAUAGUAGAAUUGAUUUCUACUAUCAUAUACUCUAUGUGUGGCCACAUCUGUAAUUAUUCACGUUUUUAUCUGAUUCAAUAUGUUAUUAUGUUAUUGUAUACCUUUGAUUCCUAUUUUUGAACUUUCCCACAAAUUGCCCACAUCCAAGAUGGUGUCCGGAGAACUUCCUGUCUAUGCUAUCUUGCUGAAAACAGGAAAUGAGGAAAUAUGCACAGCAGAAUCGAUUUUCAUCAUCAGAGAAGGUAUAUAAUCUCAAGGACCCCAAGCAGCAAGCAUUCACUUUUGAGAAAGCUUCGGCGAAACGCGUCAAGUGAGGAAGAAUUUGGGACUUUUAAACAGGACUGGUUUUAUAGUUUAUUAUUCACUUUUUACUUAUUGUAUUAAAGUAUAUAUAUUUUUUAAACUAUCCACUCAUUCCUUUUGUCCUCCUUCCUAUCCAAUACUGCUUUGCUGCUAUACCUGGGUCCACUAUAUCCCAAGGUGGGGAUUAUUCCACCUGAAAUUCUCCAAACUAGAGCAGGUCGUUGCUCUAGUAUAUGUAAGUAGGAUCAUCCACUUUUUUUCACAAUAUUUUAUAUUUACGUACUAUACCAUGUGGUGUAUUUUACUCUUGUUUUUCAUGUAACGAAUAUUUACACCUAUAAAUUCACCAACGGUCUUGAACCUCAAGAAAUCCAUAGACGGGGAUUAUUCCGUCCAGGCUCUUAACACCGAGCUGAUAUAGCUCCUCAAAGUGUGAGUGUGAAUAUAACACCUUUGUUCUUGUGGAAUUAUAUCGUUCAUACAUACUGUACCAUUAUUUGUAUUUUUGUUUCUCUUUUUUUUAAGUUACUCUGCUGGCCAGUAUUUCUACAAAACGUAUGUACAUUUUCUGAUUUUUAGCGCUGUUCACCUUUCUAUUUUAUCUAUAAUUAUGAAUGGGUUAAGCCUUCCCCCAAAGCCUCUAGUGGCUGUCUCAUUGACAGCCACUAGAGGUGCUUGCGUGCUUCUCACUGUGAUUUUCACAGUGAGAGCACGCAGCGUCCAUAGGAAAGCAUUGUAAAUGCUUUCCUAUGCGACAGGCUGAAUGCGCGCGCAGCUCUUGCUGCGCGUGCGCAUUCAGCCGGCGGGGCGAACGGAGGCGGAGGAGGAGGAGAGCUCUCCGCCCAGCGCUGGAAAAAGGUAAGUUAUUACCCCUUUCCCCCUUCCAGAGCCGGGCGGGAGGGGGUCCCUGAGGGUGGGGGCACCCUCAGGGCGCUAUAGUGCCAGGAAAACGAGUAUGUUUUCCUGGCACUAUAGUGGUCCUUUAAAUAAAGAAUGGAAUUUUCCCGUUGAGGUACGGGAAGUGAAAGAAUAAGGGAUUAGAGAAAGAGAGAGAGACUGAGAAGAUAGUACAAAGUAAAGAAAAGUAAUAUGGUGGGUGCAGCAUCCUGGAAGCGGUGAGGAAAGAAUGUUAGGGGGUGAGAUCUGGGGGGGGGGACAGGAGGCACUUCCAGAACCCCCCAUGCCACGUGUGUUGAAUGGGUCCUCCGGUCGGAGGAGAACUCCGCUACUAGGUCACCUUUACACUAGGUCACCUUUACUUCUUCCUGUCGGUCUUAUCUGUCCUCUCUAGAGCUAUUAUCCCACGGCUCCCAAAGUUUUAGAAACGUUUCUGUCGAUCCCUUUACUCUUGCUGUCAGGUCGUCCAUAAUCCUACAUUCGCGGAUCCUGAAUAUCACUCUCGGGAACUCAGGUCCGUCUGGUGAAAGCCACCCAGUCGCUAUUGUUCGUCUCGCGCUUAGAGUUAUUUUAUGGACUAGUUUCUGCUCUCUCUUGGUCCAUCCGUCUACAGACCUGUUUAAUAGGUAUACCCAUGGAUCUCUGGUCAGGAGCUUGUUAAAUAUUUGUUUCAGUAGGUCUUCUGUCGCUUUCCAAAAUCUAAGAAGUUUUGGGCAUUUCCACCACAUGUGAAGGUACGUACCUCGGGCUCCACAUCCCCUCCAGCAGUCAUCCGUAUCCAUUUUGUGCAUUUUAUAUAGUUUUACGGGGGUUGUGUACCAUCUAAACAUGGUUUUCCACAUCUGUUCCUGUAGUGUGACACAUAUAGAAGCGUUUUUAUUUGCUUCCCAUAUUUCUUGCCAUUCUAUGCCUUCUAGCUCUUCUCCUAGUUCUGUCUCCCAUUGGUCGGUAUAAGUUAGUCGCCCCCAUUCUUUGGUUUCUGUGCUAAGGUGGGCGUACAUCAGGGUUAUCAUGCCCUUGGGGGUCCUCUCGUGUAGGCAUAGUUUCUCGUAGAACGUCAUGUUUCCCUGAGCUGCAGCCUUUAUGUGUGGUUUCCUAGCGAAGUCCUGGAUCUGUAUAUAUCUAAAGAAGUCUGUGGGGGUUAGGUGGUUAUCUUGUUGAAGGUCCGCGAAUUGGAUUAAGUUCCCAUUAUGGUAUAGUUGAUGGAUCCGUUGUAGUCCCGUUCUCUCCAAGUUUCGAAAAUCUCUGGGAGCCAUACCAGGCUGGAACUCCCUAUUUCUGAGAAUUGGAGUCAGGGGGGAGGCCGCCAGUCCAUACUUGGUUUUGUUUGUGUCCCAUAUUUGGAGCGAAUUAAGUAUGGACGGGCAAGUCACCCAUAUCAAGGGUCUAUAAUCUUUCGGGAUCCACAUAGUGAACUGGGGGACAUCCCAGCCCACCAUCAUGGAUUCUAUCUCGACCCAUCUCCUCUGUUCCGGUGGGGAAUGCGACAUAGCUACCUGUGUUAGUUGGGCUGCAAGGUAAUAAAAGUAUAGGUUUGGUAGGCCCAGCCCCCCUCUUUCUUUUCAUCUAUAGAGAAUCUGUCUUGAUAUCCUGUGCCUCUUGUUCUGCCAAAUUAAGUCACCUAUUGACCGUUGUAGCGGAUUCAGUUGUGCUUUAGUGACGCAGACAGGGAGAGCCUGGAAUAAGAAUAAAAUCCUUGGGAGGACGUUCAUUUUAACAGAGUUAAUUCGUCCUAUCCAGGAGAUGGGCUUAUCUAUCCACCUUUCUAAGUCUCCCAUCAACUUCCUGAUUAAGGGACCAUAGUUUGCGGAGUGGAGGGGUUCGUAAUGGUCAAAAGAAUGUCGUCCGCGUACGCUGAGACUGUAAACUUUCUGUCUCCUACCCGUACUUCUCCAAUAUCUGGAUGUUGUCUGAUCGCUUGCAUCAAGGGCUCCAGUGCUAGUACAAACAGGAGUGGGGAAAGUGGGCACCCCUGCCUAGUGCCAUUAUAGAGUCGGAAUGGUUUCAUCGGGGCACCUGUGAUCUGUAUCUGUGCUCUCACUUCAUGGUACAUUGCUUUCGUAGUAGUUAUAAAUUCUUCCGGGAAUCCCAAGUGGUUCAGCACCGAGAAGAGGAAUUGCCAUCUCACCCUAUCAAAGGCCUUCUCCGCAUCUAUGGAGACCACUAAGGUGGGGACUUCAGAGGUCACUUGUUUCCAGAUUAGAUCGAUGUUCCUUCUGGUAUUCUCGAACAAUUGUCUGCCCUGAAUAAAGCCUAUUUGGUCGGCAUGUAUGAGUGAGUUUAGUAGUGGGUUCAAUCUGUCAGCUUGUAUUUUUGCCAGUAUUUUCAGAUCUUGGUUAAUCAGCGAUAUGGGCCUGUAGUUUUCUGGUUGGAGCGUGUCUUUGUCGGGUUUGGGUAUCAAUACAAUGGUAGCUAGGGUCAUGUCUGGAGUGAGGAGUCCCCCCCUGUUUCAUGUAGUCAAAAAGUUUCAUCAGUUGGGGUGUAAGCUCUUCCUUGAAGGUCUUGUAAUACGUACCAUUGAACCCAUCAGGUCCUGGAGCCUUGUUACCUUUCAAGUUUGAUAUGGCUCUAUAUACUUCUUGCUCUGUAAUUUCAGCUGUCAGGCUAUUUACUGCCUCUCUCCCAAGUUUGGUCAACCCAAGGUCAUUCAGGUAGCUGUUAAUAUGUUCUUCUACAUAUCCGUCAGGAGUGUUUGCGUCUGGUGUGUGGUUGUAUAGUCUUUUUUUGUAAAAGUCCUCAAAGACUUUUGCUAUCUCAUCUGGCCUUGAUUUUUGUCGUUCCAUCCGGAUGUUUGAUGGCCGUGAUGUGGAAUCGUUCUUGUCUAGGUCGCAAUGUUCGGCUAGGAGUGAAUCCAUUUUAUUGGACUUCUCGUAGAAAGUCCGUUUCGACCAGAUCAUGGAUUGAGCGGUAUCAUCUAGCAGUAGCGUUAGAAUGUUUCUCCGUACCGCUUCCAAUUUCUUAUAGGUCUCAUUGUCGGGUGUCGCUUGAUGCUUCUGUUCAAGGUUCCCUAAUUGACUCAUCAGGGUGUCCAGUUGUAUAUGUUUCAUUUUCUUCUUUCUAGUGGCUAGUUUUAUAAGGGUCCCUCUUAUUACCGCCUUGUGGGCUGCCCAUAUUGACCCCGCGCUGACAUCUGGGGUGUUGUUUGUGGUAAAAUAUUCCACUAUUUCAGUCCGUAUCUGUUUUUAGCUCCGGGUCCUGUAGUAGCGAUGUGUUUAAUCUCCACGUCCAUGGCGAAACCACACACAAAUUGCCCAAUGUAAUGGACACAUCUGCAUGGUCCGACCAUGAUAUAUUGCCAAUCUUAGAGCCUAUAAUCCUGGGCAUGCCUGUCGCGUUAGUUAGGAAGAGAUCUAUUCUGGAAUACGUACCAUGAGGUGUUGAAUAGAAGGAGUAGUCCCUGUCUCCUGGGUGAUGCGCUCGCCAUACAUCCGUUAGGCCCGUGUCUAGAUGAAUUUUUUAAACAGUCGAUCUUGUCCACCUCUUCCUUGGGAUCUCGGUAUUCCGUCUCUAGUGCUCCUGUCCGCUGCCGGGCAUGGGGUAGCGUUGAAAUCCCCUCCCAUAUAGACCAUGCCACGUGGAAGUGAUGAGACCUUCUCCCGGAGGGUGGUCCAGAACGAGGGGUCUGGUUGGUUCGGGGCAUACACGUUAAUCAGGUGUAUGGUAUGUGAGUAUAAGAUGCCCGAUACGAUAAUGUAUCAGCCUUCUGGGUCUGUUUCCUGGGUUGUCUUCCGAAAUGGGCAGCUGUUUCUGAUUAGAAUAGCCACUCUGUUGCGUUUACAUUGUGAUCUUGCUUCAUACGAUCCCCGGAAGGUAUGGUCUUUUAGGUUUACUUUGGCUUGUUUUGAUAGGUGGGUUUCCUGGAUAUAUGCAAUGUCCGUCUUUAGUCUCUUAAAUUUUUUUAAACAUAAGGCGGCGCUUUGUGUGUGGGUUUUUUUUUUUUAAAUUUUACUUUCUUGCUUGCUCAGCAUCUUUACAUUAAUACUAUUCCUCCUAACUUACUACCACAUACAGUUAAAGAUUCACUAAAUGCUUGUGUCAAUUCCCCUUGUUUUAUUGAGAAAUGAGCAGUAACACCACAGAUGCAUGAUAUUUACACUAAAGCUGCUACAUUAAGCUAAAGUUGUUUUGGUGACUACAGUGUGCCUUUAAAUAUCUGCAAGGACAUAGGUACCUGGUGAUUUCAUUGUUUCCAUCCAAAAACUUGUUGCAUGGGUUCACAGGAUAUUUAGUUCAGCACUUUAUGGGAAGCUGUACGAUGUGUGUCAGACCUGCAUGCUAAGUAACAUGAACGAACAGGUGGGUUUAUUUACUUGUUGGAAAAGCUACAUUCAUAUUUUGGGCUUAUAAAGACAAUAUAUUUCUCAUCUCGUCGCCUAAUAAUCAAUAUUUGAUUUCAUAGUAUUUUUGAUGUGACACAGUAGCGUGUCAGAAAUAGAGUGAAAGGCUUUUUUGCUGCUAUAGCAGGAAAAAACACAUGUUUGCAAAAAGUGGGGAAUGGUUACUCCUAGUAUUUUACAUAUAAUCCUAUGACUAUAAACAGGAACUGUCACUUUGAAUAUUUCAAACUGUAAAAGCAAACUGCUGGCAGGAAUUUAAUUUUUGCCUAGUUAGUGAUUCAAGAUCUCCACAGUGAGAGGGAUGUUUUAAAUUGGAUGUCCUGUUAAUUUUAUUGUUAGCUAUGUAGUGAUAUGUUGGCCUUCUUUUUUUUUAAUUUAUUUUUUAGUGGAAAGCAGUUCACAGUGAAAUUAGGAUCAUCUCUUUCCCCGGGAGCCAAAACUAAAGUGUCAAUCGAGACUGUCUUCACACAUGUUCUUCAGCCAUACCCAACGCAGAUCACACAGGCAGAGAAACAAUUUGUGGUGUUUGAAGGGAACCAUUACUUCUACUCUCCUUAUUUGACAAAGUCCCAAACAACACGUGUCAAACUUGCUUCCAGGAACGUUGAAAGCUACACAAAGCUGGGCAAUCCAUCUCGGUCUGAGGACAUCAUUGAAUAUGGUCCGUUCAAAGAUAUUGCACCAUGGAGUGAGGUGAAUAAGUUUAUAAAUUGUUAACCAGGGCAGUUUUGCCACAUUUUAGUAAAACAAAAAAUUCUGCUUUUAAAACAUGUUUGUACCAAUCCUGUGGGUGCACAUGCAUCUGUGCAGAAUUUUAACACGUCUAAUAUGCAAUGCUAAGCAUUGUGGGUUGUGAACUUGUGAGUCAGUAGCCGCUCUUCACACAUCCACUGCAGGGGCCAGAUCCAGGAUGGGCUAAUCUCUCGUGUGCAUUGUUAGUAAUUCAAAACUGUCAAAAUGUAAAGAUUAAAAUAUUAUACAUGUGAAGCUGGCCUUGUCUUGUGCACAUUAAGGUGGCUUUAGAAGCUGAAAUAUGAUUGUCUCUUAUAUAUUAGAACAACAUUCUGUCUUUUAUACUAUGCAUUUAAAAUAUUUUUUCCUUACAGGAUCCCUUAAAGGUCCACUACGAAAACAACAGUCCCUUCCUAACAAUCACCGGCAUGACUCGGUUGAUUGAGGUUUCUCACUGGGGUAACAUUGCAGUGGAAGAGACUGUGGACCUCAAACAUACUGGGGCUGAUCUGAAAGGACCUUUUUCAAGAUAUGAUUACCAGAGGCAGCCUGACAGUGGAAUCUCGUCAGUCAAAUCAUUUAAGGUUGGUAAAAUACAUUAGUUCAAAUGUCUGUGCAUUAAUAGAUGUGGAAGAAUGUAAUGAAGUCUUAUAUUUGCAGAAAGAAGUAUGAGUUAACUAACACUUUGUUGUAAGUACCAUCUAACCAUGGAGAGAGACGACGAAGAUUCAUACAGUACCGAGAAAUUACACAAUUAAAACACGUUUUCUUUGGGGGUAUAUAAAAAAAACAAAAAAAACAAAAAAAAAAUGGCUUGCAUAAGCUGCAGAUCUGCUAUCUGCAGCCUUUACAAUUCCUCUUGUUUAUCAACAAGACACACUGAAAGUUCAUUUGAAAGCCUCUGUGCUGGAGCCAUGCGUGUGUUCACAGCUAUCCAGUGCUUCUCAGCAAGCUGUAGUACUGUUAAUUAAGAAAGGGGAUGCAGUCAUGCUGGAUCCCAGUGCUCCUGCUACUUCUGUUAGUUCUUUGGAGAAAAGGAAGAAAAACUCUUUGGCUGCAUGAGUGACAGCUGGGGGAAGUGCUUUUUAUUGAAAUCUGCACUAUUAUUUACUGUUAGAAAAACAGACUCCAGUCGCAUAAAGUACUUCAACUUUGAUUACUUAUUUAAAGCUGGUGUGUUUUGUUUCCCUUAAGGGACAAUAUAGGCACCCAGACCACUUCAGCUCAUUGAAGUGGUAUGGGUGCAGUGUCCCAGGCCCCUUAACCCUGCAGUUGUAAUUAUUGCAGUUAUUGAUUAACCAGAUAAUCUGACGGACAGCCACUAGAGGGACUUCUGGGUGGUCAGAUGACUUUUGGUCGCCUGACGCUGGACGUUCUCACUCUCUGCUUGAGGACAUCCAGCAUCACCCAAAACCCAUGGGAAAGCAAUAUACAAUGUUUUUAACCCGUUCUGCAUCACGGAAGACCCUUUAGAAAGCUAUAGUGCUAGGAAAACAACUUCGUUUUCCUAACACCAUAGUUUAGCUGUGAGAGGAGCUAAUAUAUAGGGAAAGUUCCCUCUCCCUCUCACUCUCAAAAUGUAACAAACUGUACUUUGCUUUUAAAAAAAAUUUUAUUCUAGACUAUUCUCCCAGCGGCUGCCCAAGAUGUUUACUACAGGGACGAAAUUGGAAACAUUUCUACCAGCCAUUUACUGGUUCUCGAUGAUUCAGUGGAGAUGGAAAUCAGACCCAGAUUCCCACUUUUUGGAGGAUGGAAGACUCAUUAUCUCAUUGGAUAUAACCUUCCAAGCUAUGAGUACCUUUACAAUCUUGGUAAAUGGCAGCAUCCUUUGAAAUGGCUUUUGUUCUGCAGCAUUUUAUACCUUGGUUAUCAAUUAUUUUAUUGCAGAACUGAUGUACAUUCCAUAAUUUCCUUUAAGUAGAGUUCAAAUUAUCUUGCUAGAACUGUGUGCAAACAUUAAUAAUGUGUACAUUUUGCACCAAGCAUUUCAUAUGAGCAGCAUUUAUAAUUUGACAUGCAGAUUGUGAGCUGGAUUUAUUUGUUCAAUUUAUAAACUUUACAAUUAAUUUUCCUAAAUGUAUACCAACAGUGGGGGGGGUUUAUGUAUAAAAUGUUAAUGCUCGCUUUCAAGUGCUCCAUUUUAAAAAAAAUUAUGCCCUUUAAGUAUUAACAUUUAUAAUUAACACUCCACAUUUGUCCUGAAAUUUAUUUUUUUAUAUGAAGUGUAAAGACUCCUUCAUGACUUCAAUGCUGCACCACAGGCAUGUGCUGGUAUGAAACACUAUUUUUAUGAGCGUAAUAAAAAUGUACUUUCUUUACAGGUGAUCAGUACGCCUUGAAGAUAAGGUUUAUUGAUCAUGUAUUUGAUGAACAAGUUGUGGAUGCACUAACUGUUAAAAUAAUCCUGCCAGAAGGAGCCAAGUAAGUUUUUUUUAAUUAAAACUCCAAUUUUUAUUUUUUCUCUCUCAAUAGAAUAGUGGGUGCAUUGUUCUUACCAGUAUUGUAUAAUGGUUUACAACAAAUUGACCUUUUAACUUUUAUUUUUUUAUUUUAUUUUAUUUUUUUAAAUGUGAGGGUGGGGGGGAGACUCCUCAUUACACUUGGUAUUUGAAGUGAUUCUUCAGCCACAUACAUACACGUUAGGUCAGACAGUGUCUUAAGAUUGACAGUCUAUAGUCUUCCCUGCGGGGAAGACCAGAGAUUCUGUUUUCAAACACUGUCCGACCAAAGGGGGUUGUGUGUGUGUGUGUGUCUCUGUCUCUCUCUCUAUGUAUGUGUAUAUAUUCAUUUUUUUUUUUUUUUCAAAACCGAAUAGGUUUAUUAUGUUAAAGGCUUUAAUGUAUAAGUUUGUAUUUUAAUUUAAGUGAUGCAGCUUUAUUGAGAUUCAGUAACAUGCCAUGUUUGUUUUUGCUACUUACACCCUAGUGGUUUUGAUAGUCAGAAUAGUCCAGUUUUGUGUUUGAAUGUUGUUGGAGCUCAAUUUAAUGAUUUGAAUUACAGAAACAUCCAUGUUGACAACCCCUAUGACAUCAACCGUGCCCCUGAUGAACUGCAUUACACCUAUCUUGACACUUUUGGUCGCCCAGUGAUCGUUGCUCAUAAGAACAAUCUAGUCGAGCAGCACAUUCAGGAUAUUGUCGUGCAUUACACAUUCAACAAAAUCCUGAUGCUUCAGGAACCGCUACUGGUUGUGGGUGCCUUCUAUAUUCUGUUCUUCACAGUUAUUCUCUAUGUGAGGCUGGAUUUCUCCAUCACCAAGGUAUGUUCAAUCAUGGUAUAUUAGUUCUACUUUAGAGGGACUGAUCAGCCCUUUUUUUUUUUUUUUUUUUUUUUGGUUUUGCAGCCCAAGUGAAGUCAUCAGAUUCAUAAGUACAGCCUCUGGGAAUGCAUCCUGUGUAGUCUCAAGAUUUGGUUACUAUAGCAACUUAUAAAUGAUCGAGGAUUAUAAGUAGUAGCCCGAUACCACAAGCAAUUACCUAAGCAUUAUUGCCACACAUUAUAUAUAUUUUUUUUUUUUACAAGUAGCUAUAAGAUACGAUUACAAGUUGUCAGUUAAUGCACAAUUUAUUGCUUAAGCUCCCUCACAAGAGCAAUGGUUAUUCUGGAUAGGCUAUGCCUAACUAUUUGUAGCAGUCGAUACGGUCUUAGUGUUUGACCUGGGCAUCUAUCCAGAUGAGGUUCAGUUUGUCUACUAAUAUUGUCUAGAUGACUUUAUCUUUUAUAAAUGCUUCUAUUACAAAUAAUAAACACUAUUUGUAGAAUGGUUUUAUUACAAGUUUUUCAAUAAAAGUUACUUUUUAUAUAUAAUUGUAAAUACAUAACAGAUCCCACUGGUACUUCCUUCUCCGUCCCCCAGGGGGUUUUCCUCCAGGGAUCAUCUUAAUUUUCACACAAUUGUGAGGGUUACCCCCCUAGGUUGUCUCUACACACACUCGCUAGUUCCCCUUGGGGGUACUAGCCCACUCUAUAAAUCAUUUCCCUGCAGUGUUACUGCUCAAUUCUCUGCCAUUUAGGAGUUGAAUCACUUUGUUUAUGCACCUUAGUCACACCUCUCUGCAUGUGACUUGCACAGCCUUCCUAAACACUUCCUGUAAAGAGUCAGCUAAUGUUUAUACUUCCUUUGCAAAUUAUAUUUAAUUUAAAAUGUAUUAGUCCACUGUUGAUAGCUUGCUAGACCUCACAGAAGCUUCCUGUGUAUGAUUAAUGUUCACUUUAGAGAGCAGGCAAUUAGAUGUAACAUUUAGAGUAGGUUACAUCUAAUUGAACGUGAAACAAAAAUUUUUUUUUUCUUUUCCUCAUGCACGGUGUGUGAGUCACAGCCAGGGCAGGUGUGGCUAGGGCUGCAUGGACAAACAAAAGGGAUUUAACUCCUAAAUUGCAGAGAAUUGACCAGUGAGACUGCAGGAUCAUGAUCUAUAUAUUAAAACUGCUUCAUUAAGCUAAACUUGUUUUGGUGAUUAGUUUCCCUUUAACGUCCUCAAAGGGAGACUCUCCAAACACCCCCGCCACUUCUUGCAUUGUUUAUGAUAUGUGGACCCCGCGUUUUGUAAUCUACAUUUCAGCAACAAUACCAAUUGCCUGAACUUUCUCCAAUUAUCAAACAUGAAGCAUGACUUUUUGCCCUUUUAAAAACUUGUACGACUUAUUCAUGCGGUUUAUCUGGAUACAUUUUCUUUCCCAUGUUCUAAUGAUAUAUUAUCUUUGUCUUCUGCUAUCUAUGUCUAUGUGUGUGUCAGUCAGUGUGACAAAUGCUUGGUUGUGGUGGACUCAUUCUGUCUAGGUGAUGUUAUAGCUAGGGAAGACUUCAAUUGUAGGUCUGAAAAUACUGUGAAAGAAUGCAAAGUGUUUUAGAUCUGAGCAGGUUUGUAGACUAUCCUCUGCGUAUAUCUGGCUGAAAUAGUCCUGCCCUAACCAAAGUUUGUAAUUAAAGGUAGAGAGCCCCAGAGAGAUGGAGGGAAGAUGUGUCACUAGGCUUAUUUAGCUGAAAAGGUAGAGACACAAAUAGUAAUACAGUAUAUACAAUAUGCUAGUGGUAAAUCAUACUUGCACAACUUUGAAGGACAUUAUCCUGUUUCCAGUAUAUUUUGUUUCUGAGGACUGGUGAGAACAGCGUUAGAUUGACAUCCUGAGGUACCAUUGGCUGACAUCAACUUUAUGGGGACUUAGCCUAUUAGUGGCUAAAAAGCUUAUUUGCACAAAUAGAUAUAUUUCUCUUUGUGUCCCUCAAUUUGUGAGUGUAUCUGUUAUUUUUUCUUUUUUUGUGUUAUUCAAUACUUUCACUAUGUAUUCUUUUUCUUAUGUUUCUAUUCCAUGCCAUAUUCUACUGUCUGAAUGGUAAAUCUAAAAUCACACUUGUGAUAGUGGCACCCUCACAUGUAUAAGUUUUUUUUUUUUUUUUUUUAACUAUACUAUUUUUCUCUCCCCCUCCCCCCUCCCAUAGGGUGAGUGCAGUAUAAAAGCAAUUAUAUGGCACAAAGGAAGAUUUACUGAGUGGUCUUUAGUCGUUUUGUAUAUGUACAAUUAUGCUAGGUCAUUGCCUUCUCAAAGCUUUUCAUGUGUUUUAGGAUCCUGCUGCUGAAGCUAGAAUGAAGGCUGCCUGCAUUACAGAACAGAUUCUGACCCUGGUCAACAAGCGACUUGGACUGUACCGCCAUUUUGAUGAAGCUGUCAAUAAAUACAAACAGACUCGAGAUAUCUCCACAGUGAACAGUGCCAAGAAAACGCUGGAGACGGAACACAAAAACCUAACAAACGAGAUUGCCUCUUUACAGUCCAAACUUAAGGCUGAAGGCUCUGACUUGUGUGAUAAAGUAAGACAUGUCUGUCGUAGCAUACCACAUCAUCUUGGCUGUAGUUCUUAUAGCCUGUUCUACUCUAGGAGAGUGAACAAUGUCAUCAAAUUACAUAUCACUAGAAAAUUCCUGUUGACAGAAUUUAAUGCAACAAACUUUGUUAAAUUAUCUUUAUUCUAUCAAAAGUUACAGCCAAAAAAAUAGGUUGGCAUUUUGCAGAUGUGCGCAAAAAGUACUUUCAGGAAAUAAAGUAUAACAUUGCUAGAAUAGCCAGUAAUAGCCCAGAUCUGAUUUCAAUAGGAAAUCUGUGAUUAAAGAAACCUGUGAAGCAGUCGAAAAAGCAUUUGAUUGAUGAACGAAUAUGCUAGAUAUAUUAAAUCGGAUCCCGUAUUAAGGCUGUAAUUGUGGCAAAAGGUUACAGAGUACAAGUGGUGGCUGGUGACACUUCAAGUUGGUGGGGCCCCAGACUAGACACAUGGAUUUGACGCUGUCCCUAAACAUUUUUAAUUAGGAAUAGGUCUGUUUUUUUUUUUUGUUUUUUUUUUAUAUUGUAAGAGAAACUGGUGGAUGGAGAUGGAGAUCCUCCAUACUCUGUACUGCCAGAAACUGGUAGACAUUAUGAAAUACACAUUACCAGGGUUUUCUGUGCAUAACUAAAAUAUAUAUUUUUUAAAGUUGAAUUACAUUCUCCAUUCAAUUAUCAUUUUAACAUACAAGUAUUUUUCUAAAUAAAAGAUUGUUCUAAGUCAUCAAACCUCAUAUAUACAAAUUUACAAAAUCUUUUCAAACUUUUGGCCACUAGUGUCUAUUAAAAAUGAAAUCACAUCAGAAACACAGGUGGAAGUGUUCAUUACAUGCAUAUAAAUAACACAUUUCCUUACCUUGUUCUUGUUCCAUAGGUAGCGGAGAUUCAGAAGCUGGACACUCAAGUUAAGGAAAUUGUGCUAAAAUCAUCUGUAGAAGCUGAACGUCUGGUUGCUGGAAAGCUGAAGAAAGACAGCUACAUAGAGAACGAAAAGCAGCAUGCAAACAGACGGCAAGAGCUGGUUAACAAAAUAGAUAACAUUCUCGAUGCCUUGUAACUGAAAACUUAAAGAGAAAAAAAAUACAAGAUUUGUCUGUGAGAUUAAGGCACAAAGAUGUUACACACAUUGAGCCAAAGCAAUGCUGUUUUUUUGUUUUUUUUUUUGUUUGGGGUUUUUGUGUGUUCACUUAUCUGGAGCCUCUACUGAUCUUUCUGCCACACCUAGUUGCCACACUUCUACAGAGGCUUUUCUGGGAUAGUAAAGUUAUUGCAUACAAGCAGAUUCACUGUUGGAAAGCAAAAUGCUCUUAAAUUCAAGUUAAAAGGGUGUCUAACGUUCUCCCAGAGAAUUCGAUUUUAUAAGGGUGUUUUUUUUGUGUUUUUUUUUUUUGUGUUUUUUUUAUUUUUUGUGUGUGCUCGGGAAGAAACGAUUACACAAGUCCUGAGGAGGGGAAAAUUGUCCCCUCCCCCUUUAAUGAUCCAAAAUACCCAUGUGGGUUCUGAAUGAUUUUAUUUUUUCCAAUAAGUGUAACCUUGCUCUUUGUAUAAAAAAAGGUUUUGUAAACAUUGUCUAAGGAAUUUGAAAUUUCAUCUACAUCUGUUUUGAUAAAGUUAUUACAUUUAUUUUUAUGCCUGUGCAUAAAACUGAAAUGAAAUGUUUAUGAAAUCCAUACAUUACUAAGUCCACUGUAAUGGUUUAGGUAUUUUUGUGACCAAAUUCAAAUAAACAAGGGAUUAUGGAUGACUUGUUUACUUUGUCCUUGUUUUGCUGACCUAUAGGUUAUAAUUUAAAUACAGGGCCAAGAUGAAAAUAAUUCAGCAGUAGUGUGUC